AUGAGACUUACAGCCGUCGCUGCCUGCCUGUUGGCCCCGGCCGCAGCCUUGAGCGUCUUCAACGGCAACGCCCCCGACGCCAUCGCCAAUGACGAUAACAAGAUACCUGGAGAUUCUCCUCUCGAGUUCUGCCCCGGCGACCACUCCAAGGACCUUGUCACGAUUGAGAGUGUGGACCUGUCGCCCAACCCACCCAAGGCUGGCAAUGAGCUGGUCAUCAAGGCCAAGGGCACCAUCAAGGAGACAAUCGAAGAGGGCGCUUAUGUUCUGCUGACCGUCAAGUACGGCCUCAUCCGCUUGAUCACCACCAAGGCGGACUUCUGCAAGGAGAUUGGCAACGUGGAUCUCGAGUGCCCGCUGGAGGCCGGGGAUCUCGAGAUCACCAAGAGCGUGGACCUGCCUGCCGAGAUUCCUCCUGGCAAGUACACUGUCUUGGCAGAUGUCUACACCGCCAAGGAUGUCCAGAUCACAUGCCUGACUGCGACUGUUGCCUUCAGCCGUGGCUCAUUCUUCAACCAGGACUUGUAA